AUGGGCUCCGCCAAGAGCGUCCCUGUCACUCCCGCAAGGCCUCCACCGCACAACAAACACCUGGCUCGGGUGUCAGACCCCCGGUCCCCCAGUGCUGGCAUCCUGCGCACUCCCAUCCAGGUGGAGAGCUCUCCCCAGUCAAACCUAUCAGUAGAGGAGCAACCGCUGGAAGAUCCUAAUGAGGAACAGGAGUGUGAUCCCCGCUCACCUACCCUCGGCAUUGCUAGGACACCUAUGAAGAUCGACAGCGGUGAGUACCCCAUGAGCCCACUGAUGACACAGCAAAGUGACAUUCUUGAGAUUGAAGACUCUAAACUGAAUCUGCCCUCAGAACCUGUUCUGCCCUUAGAGACACCGUCAUCUUCUGCAUUGGACUUGUCUCUGGGUACCCAGUUUGCCCUGGAGGACCCAAUGGUAUCCAGAACCCUGAAUGAGCUCCCGUCCAAACAAGCAAAUUUCAGGGAAGAAACAGGGCAGCUCCCAGAUACCCCUGUUGCCAAUCAGAUCUCAGACAAGCCUGUGAAAGACUCCGAGACACCCAGAUCUUCAGGGUCAAAGCUCAGUAGAAGGAAGCCCAAAAGCAAGGUAUUGGGGAGAUCACCUCUCACCAUCCUGUCAGAUGACAACUCCCCGGGUACGCUGAUGUCAUGGCAGGGCAAGCGGCUUUCUCCCCUGAGCGAAAACAUUAGGGACCUCAAAGAAGGGGCCCUUGUGGGAACAGGAGGACUUCCGAAAGUUGGAGGACGAGCAUGGGAGCCCGGCCAGGACCAUGACAAGGAGAACCAGCAUUUCCCCUUGGUGGAGAGCUAG